GAAAGCUUCGUCCACUCCAUGACAUGACAUGUACGUUUACUCUGCAGCUUGCCUAUACCACGGCAGUAACAACAAACAACAUAGAGAUAAGGAUCAGCUUACACGUUGGCACACCUCAGAGACCGCCCAUAAUAUCAGUGUUUGAACAUUUUUAGUGUGCACAGAGAUCCAGCCGCUUGCGGUAGUUUUUACUUCAGUAUCCGUCGCUGAUACUCCGGUCAGAGUUACUCCUAAACGAUGGGUCGUGCAUGUAAGCCACGUGUGGUCUGUCCCAUUCUCCUUACUCUGCUGCUUCUCUACCUACUGCCGUGGUUCUGGUCAGGAUCUCUGCAGCCUGCUAGUGGCUUCUUCAACUACGAGGUCGAUGAACUGUUGGGUCAGGAAAGACAAGGAAAAGUCCAAGAGUCCAGGUCCAAUCCGGAUGUUGCGACUGUGGCAGGGUUGGGAGUGGACCAGCCUAGACAGAGGAAGUUGUGCCCGCCGGGAAGUUUCCGAGUGUCCACGAUGGAAACUUGUAUGCCAUGGCUAGGUUGUAAAGAGAUAACGAAUGAGGUGACCACUCUGGACAGAGUCGGAUCAGGCGGUAUUAAGGAGGUUUACAAAGCUAUCUGGAGAAACCACACAGUGGCCUAUAGUAAGCUGUGGAGGCCAACUCAUCUCAAGUUCUUCUUGCAAGGUAUAGAGAUGCUGAAGGCCCUGCAACACCCUUCUGUUUUGCAGUAUGUGGGAUCAUGCAACACAACUCUCCUUACAGAGUUUUAUCAAUUAGGAUCUGGAGAGUUUAUUGAGAAUAUCCUAAAGUCGAACGCAUACAGCAAGUUUAACAAUGUCCGGACAAGAUUUAACAUGGCUCUGAGUUACCUAGAAGCUAUACAUUUCCUACACAAUAGUCCACUUGGCACACGAGUCAUGUGCGACUCACACAAUGUCCGCAAAACUCUAACCCAGUUUCUUAUCACACAGGAUUUCAAACUUGUCUUGAGUGACGUGGAUGUGAUACCAGAAGUAAAUCAUGAAGCACAUCUUUUAAUUAAGUGUAGACGAAGAAGAACUUGGUCAAAGUAUGUUGCCCCAGAGGAGCUUUGGCCCUUUGGAAAUGAAACAUAUAAUUACUUAAGAAUGCCUUCUUAUGAUGAAAAAACUGAUAUUUGGAAAAUUCCAUAUGUUGUUGACUACUUACUGGGAAAUGUAAAUGGAAGUGAUGUUGUCAGAUCACAUUUGUUCAAAGUGCACCAACAGUGUCAAAAUAGGGACCCCAGCCAACGACCAACUACAAAGGUAUUGUUGGAGGAGUACAACAAGGUUAAGAAUAUGCUUUUUCCUGAACAUAUAACAAAUAGCAUAGUUAAUCACAGUAGGUUUUUCUGAGUUGUUCUAAGUCUGUUUAUUUAAAGCUAAAAGAGCAAGUAUUGUCAUUCAAACCUGCCACUUUUAGCCAGCCAUCUGACCAUAACAAUCACCUAUUCCUGGUCCGUUUUUUUUAUUAUAAGCAUAUUCCAGCAUUUUAAAAGUGACCUGCCUAAGGGGGGCGAAUGAGCUCCCCCCCUCAAAACUCAAACUCAAGAAUGGUAUUAAGGAUAUCAAUGUUGAAGCACUGUUAUCUGGAUGUCCACAGAACCAACAAAAAUCAAGUGCAACUAAUCAUACAAUAGCUAUUAAAAUAGCAAUGUACGCUAUAUUUAGAAACUGGUGCACUUAUAAGGACAAAGAUUGUUAUAAUGAAAUAGAUCUGUUUUUCUAACUGACCUUACUUCAAUCUUAAAAAAUAGAACAAAAUAUAUCAUACAUGGACGCAAAAAGAAA